UGUAAGCUUGUAUGUGCAAUUGCUCUAUCCUCAAAAUAGAACCAUUCAAUCAAAUUGGUUUAGCCAGUUUUUAGGCUACACUGCAGAUGAGUUCAAUUCCUAUACUAACUUCGAUGGAUAAAAAUUCUGUUCUUGGAGAUGCAAUCAACUACUUAAAACAUCUUCAGGAGCGAGUGCAGACGCUCGAGGAACAAGCUGCCAACCAACGCAGGGAAUCUUCCGUGCUUAUGAGGCGAUCACAGCUCUUAAUCGAAGAUGAAGGAUCAUCAGAUGAGAUGGGCUGCACCGAUGAGCAGAUUCUCCCUGAAAUUGAAGCUAAAGUAUGCAAUAAGAAUAUUCUUCUGCGAAUCCACUGCAAAAAUCACAGAGGGUUGCUGGUAAAAAUACUGUCUGAAAUUGAAAAGCGCAAUCUCUCUGUUGUCAAUACAAAUGUUGCACCUUUUGGAAGUUUGGCUCUUGAUAUUUCCAUUAUUGCUGAGAUGGACAAAGAAUUCAACCUGACAAUGCAGGAACUAGUGAGAAGGCUUCGAUCUGCUCUCCGGCAAGUUCAGCAGUCUGAUUGAAUGCAGAAUCAUCUCCAAUUCUGAUGGUGUAGGACUAAGAGUGGCUGCCCGGUUUAUCUAAUGAAAUUGCAAUGGACUGAAGAGUGAAGCCUAGUGGUUAAGGACUGAAAGAAUGGUCACGAAGCCAGACUAGUGACCAGAAUGCCAAUCAUUCUUGUACUGUCAAUAGGAUAACUUUUGGCAACAUUAGACUAAAAUUUGCACCCACGAGGGUCUCGUGGGCCUUUGAUUGCUUCUGUGGAUUUUGUUUUCUUGUAUGUUCAUUAUAUCAAUGUCCGACAUGAUGAGGAGCUUUCACCUACAGUGGUAUAGUAUAAUAUACAAUGGCUUGGUCCUCAAAUAUUCCUUUAACUGGGGACCAUUAUUUA